ACUAUUCAGAUUAUCUACAGAAAUUGCAUUAAAGAAGCGGCUUACGUUGAUAAAGAUGGAUAUCACAGUAGAACUGCUGUCAACUAUAACUGAUCCCGAGGUAUUGACUCUGUGUAGGAAACUUCUAAACCAGACAGAGCCAAGUAAUGGAAAGUUAUACUGCCCUAAGGUGUUUGACUAUGUGACCUGUUGGAACUACACUUUGGCCAAUACCACGGCAUCAGGAGGGUGUCCUAGGUCCCACCCUCAGGGCCAGAUAUUUUCCCCGCAAGGUCAGUCAUACCGACAAUGCAUGAGUGAUGGUACCUGGUAUGUCAACCCUUAUAAUAACAUGACAUGGACCAAUUACAUCCCCUGCGCUGACUUCUCAGAAUUUGAGAACCUUCAGAACAUAAACUAUGUAUAUGAGAGCGGAUAUGUGGUGUCGUUUGUUUUACUGUGCCUUGCGCUAAUUGUUUUCACCUGUUUCAGACAACUUCACUGUACGCGAGUGACGAUACACAAGAACCUGUUUUUGUCCUAUAUUCUGUAUGGUGUGAUGUGGCUAUUAUUUAAUUACCUGGUAACCCCUAAUCCGGAUGUAGCCUUUGAAACUCCGGUUUGGUGUAUAGCGCUAUGGAUCCUACAGAAAUAUUUCCAGAUUUGCAACUAUGCCUGGCUUUUUGCAGAGGGAUUCUAUCUACAUUCGAUAAUUGUCUUGACCUUCACUAACCAAAAGAAACUGCUGCUGGUGUCACUGUGUAUCGGAUGGGUGAUUCCCAUUCUUCCCGUAGCAAUAUAUGCAAUACUGAAUGCUAAAUCAGAGGAUCCUGUCGGUAGACUACACUGCUGGACCGGUGAUGUUGGCGAGAAUAAGCUGAUUUGGAUUUUACAUGGAACCUGUAUGGCUUCACUCGUUGUUAAUUUAAUCAUUCUGAUUAAUGUGAUGAGGAUUGUAGUGAUGAAAAUACGUGCAGUCAACAUCGGCGAAACAACACAAUUAAGGAAAACAUUACGAGCUUGUCUGAUUCUGGUGCCAUUGUUAGGACUUCAGCAGGUGCUCUUUCCGUUCCAGCCGAACCAUAUCGCUUAUCGUGUGACGGUGGCGCUUGUCUCGUCUUACCAGGGCGCCUGUGUUGCUUUGUUACUGUGUUUUUUCAACAGAGAGGUUAUAAAGUGUUUCAAGAGGAAGAUUUCUCAGAUAAAGUACAUCAACGAGGGUCGAAGAUCCAGCCUGUUAACGAUAGGGACAUCUAUUGGAGGAUUGCUUAGGAGGGGAAGCAGGCAAAUUAGCAUAUACACUAGAAGAACGUCUCUAUCACGUGACCGGAAGACGUCAGAACACGUGACAGAAAACGUGAACCAAAACCAGAGAGAUGUCAAUCAACCGCUGCUCAAUAAAGGUGAACUGAAAGAAUCUCAGACGGUAGAAAGUCUGCUUUCAGCCGGCGACGCGGUGUCCUUAACUAGUAAUGGGACCAGACGAGAGAGUAUCCGAAGUGCCGAUUCUUCCAGAGGGCGACGUAACUUGCCAAGCAUAUCCGAAGUGUGAAUAUGUAAAUACAUCGUAAAAGAA